UCAAAAGAUAGACGGAGAGAUAGGUCUUUCACUGAACCUCACUGAAACCUUAAACCAUCGUUCAUGGCAAUCUCUUCUUGUUUGCGGCUCCCACUCUCACCAUCAUCAUGGCUGAUACGAACGCCAUCAUUUUCAUCACCAUUCCAAUUCCCAAUCCCAAAUUACAAUCUUAAUAGUAAUCGCAGAUUAUACCUAAUCCCUAGAUUCUAUUGUUCUUCUUCAUUAGACCAGCUUGUAGAUAUUUUACCACCAACAACAAUAACAACAAGUACAGGAUUGAAAUGGGAGUCAUUUCGGAAAAAGAAAGUUGUAAUGCGUGUUGGGUAUGUCGGAACUGAUUAUAAAGGUUUGCAAAUUCAACGACAAGAAACCUCGGCAAUGACUAUUGAGGGAGAACUAGAGAAAGCAAUUUUUAAGGCUGGUGGAAUCCGUGAAAGUAAUUACGGAGAUUUGCAAAAAAUUGGUUGGGGACGGAGUAGUCGAACAGAUAAAGGAGUUCAUUCGUUGUCAACAACCAUCUCAUUGAAAAUGGAAAUCCCUGAAAAUGCAUGGGUAGAUGACCCUUGGGGGAUUGCUCUUGCAAAUUAUGUUAACUCUAAUCUUCCGAACAAUGUCAAAGUUUUCAGUAUUUUACCUUCGCAAAGGAGCUUUGAUGCAAGAAGAGAGUGUAGUAUCCGGAAGUACACUUACCUCCUUCCGGUGGAAGUCAUUGGGAUUAAGAGCAACUGCAGCUCUGAGGAAAUAGAUCAUCAUUUGUCAGAGUUCAAUAGUAUUUUGAACUCUUUUGAGGGAGAACAUCCCUUCCAUAACUACACGAUACGGUCCCAGUACAGGACACAACCUGCUGGCGGAAAAGUGGCGAAAAAAAGAAGACCAAAAACAUCUAAUAAAGCAUCAGAUUGUAAUUCAGUGAAAAUUGAUAUAGUCGAAAAAGGUGUGGUUGAUGGAGCGAUUGCUUCAUCCAAAGAUUCUGAUGAGCAAUCAGAUGACAUUGUGGAAAUCAGUGAAGAUGUUUUACAAGUUCCAGGCUCUGUCCAACCUACCCGUGCUAGAUGGCUACAUGAGCCUGAUGAGAGUGACAAAAUUGGCGCAGCUCACUUCAGAAAGAUACACGUAUGUUCUUGCGGAGAAGUCGAAAAAAUGCAGGCAAAGAGUUACAUCGAGAUCAACAUUGUUGGGGAGUCAUUCAUGUUGCAUCAAAUACGCAAAAUGGUUGGGACAGCAGUUGCAGUGAAAAGAAAGUUACUACCACGGGAUAUAAUGGUAUUGUCCUUGAACAAGUUCACAAGAUUCAUCCUACCAAUUGCUCCGUCAGAGGUACUGAUUCUCAGAGGAAAUCAGUUUACAGUGAUCAAUCGCAAUGGCAAUGCAACUCGUCCAGAGUUGAAGACGCUAGUAGAAUCUGAGGAAAUACUAAAAGGAGUGGAUAAUUUCUAUAAAUAUCAACUUCUGCCUCAGCUAUCACAAUUCUUGGAACCUUCCCAGUCUCCAUGGAAGCAAUGGGUUGAAAUCCUUGAUGCCAACACAGGCAUGCCAGAUUCAGAAAUGGAAGACGUCAGAAAUGCUUGGAAAGCAUGGAAGCAGAGUUUCAGGCGCACCGACAGUUAUAAACCCCCCAGGCGUUUUCUGACGACAUACUGACAAAAGCUAAUUGCUUAUGAAUUUUUCACAAUUUCACUGCUGUAAUUACCGUAACCGAACAUUUUUACCGGUUGAUAACUGAAUUAAAGAAAAAAAAUUCUUCAGAAAAUUUUGUUGUCUU